AUGAUGAAAGCUGUACAGUAUGCUAAUAAGGGAGAGGAUUUGAAGUUAGUGGAAGUACCUAUUCCAAAGCCUGGAAAGGAUCAGGUUAGGAUUAAGAUUGUUGCUUGUGGAAUUUGUCAUUCGGACACAUUCGGAAAGUAUGGUAUCCCGGGUAUUACAUACCCGAGGACUCCAGGACACGAGGUCGGUGGUGUUAUCGACCAGUUGGGAGAGGGUGUCACUGGCUUUAAGGUCGGAGACAAGGUUGGAGUUGGUUGGUUCGGAGGUCAUUGUGGACAUUGCAAGGCUUGUCGUGAAGAUGACUGGGUUUGCUGUACAGAAGGAAAGGUAUGUGGAAUCCAUUAUGAUGGAGGAUUCGCAGAGUAUAUGGUCGCCCCAUUGGAUGCCCUUGCUAGGAUACCAGAUAAUCUGCCAUUUGAGCAGGCUGGACCACUUAUGUGCGCUGGAAUCACGGUGUUCAACUCUAUUCGACAUCAACAUAUCAAGGUGGGAUCUGUUGUGUGUAUUCUUGGUAUUGGAGGACUGGGACAUCUUGCCAUCCAGUUUGCAAGAAGGAUGGGUUACGAGGUUGUUGCUCACAGCUCCGGUGCUGACAAGGAGAAGUUGGCCAGAGACCUUGGUGCGCAUCACUACAUUGAUGGAUCGCAACCAGAUGCCAUUCAAAAGUUGACCGCCUUUUCACCAAAGAUGAUUGUGGCAACCACUCCACAUGCCAAGACCAUCGAGUCUGUCAUUCCAACCCUAGCUGUUGGUGGCAAGUUGUUGGUCCUUGCCGCUGCUCAAGAGCCAUUGAGUGUUUCCUGUCUUCAACUGAUUGGAAAGAAACAAUCUAUUGGUGGAUGGCCAAGUGGAGACUCCAGAGACUCUGAGGAGACCAUGAGGUUUGCGCAGAUCAAUGAUGUCACACCAAUGAUUGAGACAUUCCCUCUUGAGAAAGCACCUGAGGCCCUUGCCAAGGCAUUGAACAACAAGGUCAGAUUCAGAUCAGUCCUUGUUAUGAAGCAU